AUGCCCCAGCCACUAUGCCACAUUGUUACACCGAUCGGUAUGCUGGGUUAUGGCUUCAGCACCCCAGAUCUGGAGAAGGGUCUUGAGAUAGCUUCACAAUCUGGUUCACCGACCGCAAUCAUUCUUGAUUCUGGGUCGACUGAUUCAGGUCCCGCAAAGUUGGCCUUGGGGUCAAUGACAUGUCCUCGUUCCGCCUACGAGCGAGACUUGCGGCAGUUGAUUUGCGCUGUUAGGAAAUACCGUGUUCCGCUGCUUAUCGGCUCUGCUGGUGGAGAUGGGAGUGAUGCGCAUGUCAAGGAAUUUCUUGAUAUUAUUCGGGAAACUAUGCAGGCACCCGAUCGAGGCGCAGCCCGUCAUGAACUCUUACUAGAAAAACUGGCGACCGGGAAGAUCACUGGAUGCGGGCCAUGUGUCCCCGAAUUGACCGAAAAAGACAUCAAGCAGUCGCCCUGCAUGGUCGGACAGAUCGGCCCCGAGCCCUUCGUGCAAGCCAUGAACGCCAAUCCUGAUUUUGAUAUCCUCAUCGCGGGAAGGGCAUACGACCCAAGCCCCUACGUCGCAUUCUGCGCCUUCAAUGCACUCCGCCGGACAACUGGCGAUUUAUCUAGCUUGAUACCAACAGUACUUGGUGGGUUUACCCAUAUGGGGAAAAUAAUGGAGUGUGGAGGAGCAUGCGCUACUCCUAAAAGUGCAAGCUCAAUGUCCACUGUGUACGAUGAUGGGUCUUUUGACAUUCGACCGUUGGCCGCGGAGUCGCGAUGCACGCCGACCAGUGUGGCAGCGCAUGCUCUGUAUGAGAAGUCUCGACCUGAUAUAUUGCAUGGACCUGGGGGAUAUCUUGAUCUAACCACUGCCACAUACACAUCGCUCUCUGAUGAUAUCAGUGUGAGAGCAUACGGUUCCAAGUUUGUCUCGUCCAGAAGCCGAGGCCUGCCCUAUACAAUCAAAUUCGAAGCUGCCAGGGUAACCGGUUACAGAAGCAUUUUCAUGGGGUCUUUUUGCGAUCCCAUUCUUAUCAGACAGCUGCCGUCUUUACUUGACCGUGCAAAGGCCUACAUUAAACAGAAGCAUGUACAUUCCCAAGGAAGUUGGGAACUUGACUUCCACGUGUAUGGCUAUGACCUUGACAGGAAAGAAAGAACUUCAACAGGAGAUGUAUUCAUUGUUGGAGAGGCACUUGCGGAAACACAAGAUCUAGCAACUAGCCUUACAUCAUCCGCCCGUGUGGCAUGCGUCCAUGCUCCUUACGAAGAGCAGAAGGCAAACAGCGGAAAUUUUGGCAUGGGAAUAGGUGGCAAGCUGGAAGUCGAGAUGGGGGCUUGCGCCGAGUUUUCAAUAUACCACUUAGUGGAGAUGGAAGAUGGGGAAGAAGAGGUGACAGAGAUCAGUCUGCUUUCCACUGGUGGGCGAGAUGAGGGUAAUAGAUUGAAGAGCUUCACGCGUUGGGAAGCACUCCUUUUAGGGACUGGUCCCCGUAUCGAUCGCCAAGAUGUCCAUUACUCAACUAAUGCCGGCGGUUGUGCCGCAAAGCGUGACCAUCCUUCGACUCAUUUUCCAAAAUUCGAGCCUCCUAUACAGAUAGCAGGCACCUUCACUUUGGGGAAAAUCGCCAAAGUUAUUCGCUCGAAGAAUGCCGGACCAUUUGAGAUCACUCUAGACGUUAUGUUUGAUGAUGUUACAGUCUAUGAACAAAUCAAAGAGUCUGGGAGCCUCACGCCAGCGAGGAUCGCAGAGAUCUAUGAAAUCUCUAUUGAUAGUAUUGUGUGGUGUGGCUUUUUUGAUCAAGCGCUUGCUUUCAAAGCAACCAUCCCCAGGUGCAGAAACGGGAAGCCGAAUGCUUCAGGAGGGUUCAUGGAGAAUGAUGUCCAUGGGUCUCAGAAAUAUCUGCCUUUGUUUAAUUUGGCAAUUACAUUGCGCAGCUGA